AUCAUAGUGCGCCAGCGGAGGGGCGGUUCACCACAGCUUUAAAGGGAUAGUUAGCGCGAUGUUACUUGUUACUUGCAAAAGCGAAUAGUCGGCAUUGUUAUACUACAAAAAUCAUCUGUAGAAAUGACCAGGCGCAAUUUUGCAUGGAGUAACUAAAUAGGACGUCAGAGUUGAUGAUGUCAAAGCUGUCUCUGGCAGGAAAGCAGUCCUCUGGAAAAAUAAACAACUGGGUUGAACCGUCAUUUGGUGAACUGUUGGGAGGAGUGAAUAGGACACUGAAAAGGGGGCCUCUCUCAGGGGAAAGCAAAACUACCAAAUGGCCAUCAACUGGUGACCAAACAGAGAAACAAUCGAGGAAGAGGAAAGUAGAUCCUCAUGUGUCCAACAACCAGAUCAGUGUGUCAAGUGAAGCAUAUAAACUAGACCAGGAUGAGCCCUGGGUGGAUCUACAUGCACCCCAAUCACAGGCUGAAUUGGCAGUCCACAAAAAGAAAGUCGAAGAAGUUGAAAGCUGGUUGAGAGUUCAUUUGGACAAAUCAAAAAAGGGUGGCGCCAUUCUGUUGCUCACUGGGCCCUCAGGAUGUGGGAAGACAGCUACUGUUCAAGUUCUUGCCAAGGAUUUGGGUUUUCAUAUUCAAGAAUGGUCAAAUCCCUCAACCACCUCUCAGUACAAAAUGGAAGAUUUGUUCACACAAAGCUUUGAUCCAGAUUCAAGGUUUAACAGUUUCCAUGGCAGCUCACAAACAGGGUUAUUCCAAGAGUUCCUGCUAAGAGCCAACAAAUACAACCGUCUACAAAUGAGCGGAGAGAAACGCACUGAAGACAGGAAAAUAAUUCUUAUAGAGGAGUUCCCGAACCAGUUCUAUAGACAACCAGUGUGCUUGCAUGGUAUACUCAGGCAAUUUAUUAAGACUAGCCGGUGUCCAUUGGUCCUGAUUGUGUCCGAUAGCCUCAGCGGGGACAAGAACUCCAGGCAUCUCUUCAAGGAUGUUCUGCAUGAACUCGAAAUUCACAAUAUUUGUUUUAACCCUGUGGCUCCCACCAGUAUGAUGAAGGUCUUAAGCCGUAUUGUGACCAUUGAAGUGGGAAAGAGUUCAGGCAGGAUCUCUGUUCCUGAUAAAGCUGCUCUAGAUCUUCUCUGCUCAGGAAGCUCAGGAGAUAUUCGCAGUGCCAUCAACAGUUUGCAGUUUUCUUCAUUUACUGACAAUUGUCUAGAGAGGAGACUCUGGGCUUCUAAGAAAGGCAAGUCCUCUUCAGCAAAACCUGCUGUAAGGGCAAAGGGGAGGAGCAAGUCUUCAAAAUCAACAAACAUGCAGGUUGAAAGCCCAGCUAUCGGAGGGAAAGAUGCUUCACUCUUCCUUUUCAGAGCUUUAGGGAAAAUCCUCUACUGCAAACGUGAAAGCUAUGACGGCUCUCAAGCACCCAAACUGCCUCCACAUUUAACAGAUCAUCAGAGGGACAAAUUGCUUGUUGAUCCGGAACUUGUCAUUGAGCGUUCUCAUAUGUCAGGGGAGUUCUUCAACCUUUACCUGCAUCAGAACUACCCUGACUUCUUUUCGGAUGUGGAGGAUAUAGCACGGGCCAGCGAGUACCUUUCUGAUGCUGACUUCCUGACAGCAGAGUGGAGUUCAAGGUCGACUAUGUUGGAAUACGGCACAUCAGUGGCAACUAGAGGCCUUAUGCACUCAAACUCUUCUCGAGCAAAAGCCAACAGCCAGUCCACUGCCGGUUUCAGGCCUCUUCAUAAACCGCAUUGGUUUCACAUAAAUAAGAUGUAUCGAGAGAAUUACCUGACCGCGCAGUCGCUCUUCUUAAAUUUCUGCCUUACCCCUGUGAGCCUCCUGACAGAACUGGUGCCUUACCUUGCAAAGCUCACCAACCCAAUGAGAAAUCAAGCUCAAAUAGCCUUUAUCCAGAAUGUUGGGCAUCUUUCACAAAAGAGGGUUCCUGGAAGGUUGAGACUUGAAGCACUUGGUGACAAAGACUCAGGCAUUUUAGAUACCGACAGCGAAAAUGAUGAAUCUUCUGCUGCUCAGCACCUUGAACCAGGUACUACACCAGGGAAUGCCACAACUGAGUCCAACUUGUCAAAUAGCCAGGAUCCUCCUGGAGAACUUUCUGCCAGCCAGCCCCAGCCUGCAAACUCUGAAGCCCUUUUGGAUGAGGAAGAGCUCUUAAUUGAAGACUAUGACAGUGAUUGACUGAUCACAAGUUAUGGACUUAUUAAAUAUCACUUGCUGGCCUGAUGCAAUUGUUGAAGAUUUAGAUUGUUUUUGUUUUUAAGAUGGUAAUUAUUUGUAGAUAUUUAUGUGCUUCAACGCAGUAUGUUGAUGUUGAGAAUUGUUCAUAUGUUCUUGUUGAAAUGUACAUGUUUUGUACAUUGUUUCAGCAGGUUUUUUGAAAGUAUCUCUAAAACAGACAAUUUACAGCCAUAAUUUAAGUUUAAUGUUGUCAUGGUCUAACAGUGCUCUGGGGCUGAGAAGUAGAUACUCUAUUCUUCAGUAAAAGAGGUGACUAUAAUAAAUCAAUGUUUGCAACUUUGA